GCGACCGGUAUGGAUCCAUUCCAAUUCACUGCUAUAUAUAUAAACCGCAGGGCAGAACAGACUCCGCCAUGGAGCGUUUCUCGUCAUCAUCUGUUCUCAAGAGAUCAUCUCUAUUUGACGCAAUCUUCAAGGCGUUCUGUGCAGAUCCAUUCAUACUAUGACCUCCCCUUCCACUGCUUUUGAUUCUAGUACUGCUAUAGAGAGAUCGUCCUCGUCAGGCAAACCAGUGUUUGACCGUUGCAGUUCUAUGGCUGAGCUAUACCCUUCGACGACAGCCAGUCCAGCGUCUACAUGUUAUUCUACUACGCCAAUGUUUGAAUCGCAAGGAGUCUGUCCGGCCCUCUUGGGAUCCCCAGAGCAGCUGUUCCAGGCCGACUUUGUUCUCUCCGACUACUCUUGCGAUAUGGCGCCUUUUACAGUGACUCGGGAUCCCACAGAGGGCUCCGACUUCUCCUUUGAAUGGAUGGGUUACAACACUAGUCCUCUAUCUGCUGCCUAUCAAGAGCCAGACCACCGUGAUUCUGCCAUUCACGGCCUACUAGACGCUAGGAUAUGCGAUCAGCAAUUAUCUCCUAGAAAUACUCGGCAGAGUGUCAUCUUGGCACCAAAGGAGAUUUGUUCUGACUCUGUUUCUCAACUGCUUAUCCCUACACGUAUGCCGCUUAAAGCUGGGGGAAAACGCUCGCUCUCCAGUGCAUCUACCGCCGAAUCGAGCGCCAGCGAGAGUCUGAGCUCUCUUGGCUCGGAAGAAGACCACACUGCAGCCAGACGACGGCGCAAUACAAUGGCUGCUCGCCGGUUCCGCAAGAGGAAAGAGGACCAUGUGAGCAACUUGGAGUCGCGGUUAGAAGAAGUAACAAAAGAUCGAGAUAGUCUGAGGCUUCAGGUCGCCAAAUGGGAAGGCGAAGUUAUGGCUUUACGGAAGUUGCUCGAACACAAAGCCAAUAUAUGAACCAAAAAAUUUGAGAUACUCUCCGGAAUAGAAUUGAUACCCAAAAUUGAAUCCAUUUACGCCAAAUCUUUUUUCUUCUGGCACAGGCGUGUUGGUACACCUGUAAGUAACUAUGACGGAGUAUUUAAUCCAGACUUUUCCCAGUGAGCUCCCCUUUUCAGUGAGAUGGAAAUCGAGGACUGUUCAUCGAGU